AAUCGCAGCCGUCGUAAGAGGAAACGUGCCGGAGUUUAGAGUUAAGUACAGGCGGGCAACAGAUAGUCUCUGGAUGGGGAGGGCCAUGGAAAUCCCCCAGGAUCCCCUCAACCCAGCCUGCGCUAGAUUAAGCCACGGGAGCCUCCGCCCUCUGGUACCCCGAACAGGGAAGCCCCGGUGGGUCGGCCCGCCCGCCCGCCAACCAACCAACGAAGCGAGCAGGCGCCCCGGCUGGCGCGGCGAAGAGGAGAUCGGGUUCACUCCGCCGAGCGCAGUCGGCCGCUUCUCUCCCGCGGCCGGCGCCUUCCGUCCUGUCUGCAGUUUGGGGAGCGCAGGCGACGGCCUGAAUCAUCCCGGCUCCCGCCGGCCUUGGGAAUGGACGCGGAGGCGCUGGCUCUGGGCGCAGCGCGGCGGCACUUGGGCGGGAGGGGGGAAGGCGGCUCGCCAGAAGAGCGGCUCGGAAGCCAGGCAGCAGCGCUUCUGCCGAUCGCCCCCCCGCCUCUGCCCGGGUCCGUGGGAUUUCCAGGGAAGCUGUGAAGCCGCCGCCGCCACAGCCGACCCGCUCGAAUCCCCCCUCCCCCCGCCUGCUCCUGCCUGCUCCUCUUGGACUAACUACUAAACCAUGCGGGAUCUAGCUAUCGAGAUCGGGAUUCGAGUCCUGCUCUUCGGCGUCUUCGUUUUUACAGAAUUUUUGGACCCAUUCCAGAGAAUUAUUCAGCCAGAAGAGAUCUGGCUAUAUAAAAAUCCAUUGGUUGAAUCUGACAACAUACCUACGCGUCUCAUGUUUGCCAUUUCAUUCCUGACACCCCUGGCUGUCAUUUUUGUGGUGAAAAUAAUCCGACGCACAGACAAGACUGAAAUUAAAGAAGCUUUGCUAGCUGUGUCCUUGGCUCUUGCUUUAAAUGGACUCUGCACGAACACUAUUAAAUUAAUUGUGGGAAGACCACGUCCCGAUUUCUUUUACCGUUGCUUUCCGGAUGGAAUAAUGAACUCUGAAAUGCACUGCACGGGUGAUCCAGAUGUUGUGUCAGAAGGGAGGAAAAGCUUUCCCAGCAUCCACUCCUCCUUUGCAUUUUCAGGCCUUGGCUUUACCACUUUCUACUUGGCUGGCAAGCUGCACUGCUUCACUGAAAAAGGUCGUGGGAAAAGCUGGCGGCUCUGCGCAGCAAUUCUACCUCUCUAUUGCGCCAUGAUGAUUGCUCUAUCACGCAUGUGCGAUUACAAGCAUCACUGGCAAGAUUGGAUAUUUAUAAGCAAGCCCGCUCUUGUCAGUUGCUACUAUGAUGCUUUCGUUGGAGGAGUCAUUGGCCUUGUAUUUGCUUACAUUUGCUACAGACAGCAUUACCCUCCCUUGGGCAACAUGGCUUGUCACAAACCGUAUGUCUGUCUGCUAAUUCAGACAUCAAUGAAGAAAGAAGAGACACCUACAGCAGAUAAUGCUACCAGCCUUCCUCUAGAAGGGAUAACAGAAGGACCAGUAUGACUAAUACACAUGCAGGAUGAACUUUUAGCUCUUUCAUACAGUCCGCCAAACCCAAAUGGUAUCUUUGCAUAAUCAGUGUUUUUUAACAGCUGUGAUUCUGCCUUUCUUGCCCUUUUACUUUUACUGACCGUCUUUUCUUUAGCUUUCAUGUAUGUCCUCUAUUGUAUUUUCCCUUUUCUGUUUCCCAUGUUUUUUUAAAAAUUAUUCCAAUAAGACGAUCGCUCCAAGGAAAUAAUUAUUAGUUAAAGGGUUUAAGGCAGAACUGAAACUUUUGAAAUAUCAUUAAUUAUGACUAAUCAUUAUUUAUGAAGCGCCUUCAUGUAUAUAUUUGCUUUGCAAAUCAUAGCACAUUCAUAACAGCCACGUGAGGCUGAAAGAGAGUGACAUACCCAGUCUUACUCCAGUGGAGCAGACUGUCCACAAAGGGGGUUAUCCAUGCCUUCUGCUAAGAACUAAUAGACAUUGUCAUCUGUGACUGACUCGUUAUUUAUUUUUCUUAGAGACAUUCAACAUGUAAAAAAGAGAGUUUUGUUUAUCUCACAUUUCUAAGUGCAGUUACAGCUGCAUGUUUAUCUUCCUCUGUUUAUCUCCUAGUGGUCUAAGCAAACAAACAUAUGGAUAUGGUGUGUGCAUGUGUGUAUGUGUAUGUAUGUUAGUGUGUUUGAUUGUGGCAUAUGUUUUGCAAAUCCAUCUGAACUGGCUGCAGUGAAAUAAAAAUCUUCAACUUUCAGAAAUGGGACAGCCAAAAUAUUCAGACAUCCGUCCUUUCUGACCUAAUUGACAGCACAAUUAUGCAAAGCUGCUGAAUCUGUCAGCUGGCAAUACUGCAAAAAUCAUCUGGGCACUCUGGAAAAACCCAAUAUUGUUUGUUUGUGUGUGUGUGUGUGUGUGUGUGUAUGUGCGUGCGCGCGUAUGUGUGUCUGUGCAUGUGUGUCUCCCAUGAGCAUAUAGUCAUUUAGUUUGAAGCUCAAUGAGUUAUUUUAAAACAAUACUCUACAGUCCUUUGGAACACAACAAUCCUUCCCCAAAUCUCUAGAGAAAGUGAUUUUGUGAGCUAUGGUCAUAAAUGCUUAAUAGUUUCUGUUGCCUUGAUGAAACCCUGGCAGUUGGUUCAGGAAUGCUUAAUGUUUCUUCUGCACAAUAUGCACUUAGUAAAUUUGUUUGUUUCAAAAUGUGUCUGCUGCACCUGUAGUUUUUGUAUCUUUCUCAAGCGCCAUAUUUGUAAGGUUACUCUAUGACAAUAUGUACAUGCAUGAAAGGCAGUUAUUUGAUAGCAUAGCUGCUAAUAUACAUAGACCCCAUUCUUCCCACAUUUGGAGAAAAAAAUAAAACUUCUCAGAUGGACUCUGCAUCAUUCCUGAGUACCCUUUAUUCAUGAACAGUAAUGCUAGUUUGCCUUAAAAGUUGGAAGUCUGUCUUCUGUAUAAUAAGAAAGGUAAGGGGGGAAAAAGCCCACUUCCAUUUGAUGAACCAGUUUGUUAUUCCACAGAAAAUCACUUAUAUACAUCAAUUUGAAUUCUGCUGAAUGUUUAUGUACAACUUUUUUGGUUUUGGAACUUUUCUGCAAUACUGGACAUCAAAGUAAAACAGAUAUUGGGGUUAGCGAUGCCAAGGUGGAGAUCUUUGCCAAGAUCAGAAAAAUUGUGAUCAACCUUUAAUUUCUGAUUAGAUGUUUGGAAACUACCACCAUCUUAUUCAGCACUGCAUUGAAAAUAUAAAUCUUUUGAAGUAGAGAGGGGGAAAAGUGAUAUAAUUUGCAACUUUUCAGAAAUGUUGAUACAGUAUUAUAGAAGAGGAUAAUAUGUAGUAAAAUCUUGCAAUGAAUUAAAUAUUUUUUCUUCUUCUCUAAUAGCUAGCUAGAUUAUUGAAAGCUCUUUUGAUCAAGCUAUUGCAAUAAUGCUUUUAGUGUCUCAUGGCCCUGCACAUUGUCUAGUUCUAUGGAUGUAGCAAGCAUAUUUCUGUAAAAUAUGGCCUUUAUCUUCCUUCCUUCCUUCCUUCCUUCCUUCCUUCCUUCCUUCCUUCCUUCCUUCCUUCCUUCCUUCCUUCCUUCCUUCCUUCCUCUUUUCAAUAAAAGUUUGAAUAGAUAAGCUCUUUUGAAAUAAAUCCAUUGGAGAAUUAGUUUGUAAAAAGUUAUAAUCAAAGAAAGGCUGAUAAAAUCAUACACUUAAAUCAUAUAGUAUAUUAAAAAGUAAUUUUUUGAAAAAAAGUUCUUGCAGUUUGUAAGGGCAAGAAUUUUGGGAGUUUGUGAAUCUCAUAAAUAUUGGAUAUUGGAUGAUCCUACACAUCUGAAUAAAUAAACGAUGAGAUAAAUUACAAAUAGAUAUAACACCAGCAUAACAUCAGGAUUAUUUGCCUUUAUUCAAUAAAUAUGCAAAGGCAUAAUUGUUGCCUAUUCAUGUAAUUUGAAAAGAUUUGCAGUAGUUGUCCGUAAUGGCCAGAUAGCUACAUAUUCUGUAAAUCACAUGCAUAUUCUGUAUACGUUUUCAGAAUGGUACAUAAGGAGUUCUAUUAAAAAGGUGCUCAACAUUUUUAUUGGGAUAUCUUCUGUGCUUCAGUGAAACACUGAAAAAUGUUCAGUGUGAUGCAUGGAAAGAAGUAGCAGAAUGGGGUUGUGAUAACUCAAUGGCUUUACUUAUUUUUGGCUGUCACUGCAGAAUACCCAAAGCCUUUGCAGUUAACAGCCAUAACUGUGGAUGUAGCUAUUGUGGUCUUGGGGUUUCAGUUUUCCUGGAAGCUUAUCUGUUUACGUGCUUUCAGGUAUUUCAGUGUGAUUAGUUGAACAGGUGCAGUAUUUUAUCCCAAGGUCAUGCUUUUCCUUAUCUAUGUUUAUUUCCUUUCUGAAUGGCUGUAAUAUUGAUGUGAUGCUAUUCCUACUAUUUGUGCCCCACCGAUGUGAGAUUUUUAGAAUAAAACUAGAAAUUCUUUACUUUCUAAGAAGAUAUUUUUUGACAAAGCUCUCAAAUCUAUGCUAAGAGUUUGGGUGCUAUUAAGAAAACAUACCUGAUGAAAAUGAAUGGAUGAUUUAAACCAGAUGAAUAUCUCAUAGUCACCUUAAAGCAGUAAGCUUUUCAAAGCCUUAGACCAGUGGUGGCGAACCUAUGGCACGAGUGCCAGAGGCGGCACUCGGAGCCCUCUCUGUGGGCACACGUGCCGUUGCCCCAGCCUUGCCUCUCCCCGCAACCGCCUC